AUGAUAUCACGAUCCGAGCAAAUAGAAGAUUAGUCUUGAUAAACGUGCGAGAUUUUUCAAACUGAGCACAAGAUACCUUUUCAGCAUUUGCAUAUCAUUCGUUGUAGAGCUCCAAGACAGAACCAUGAGUGCAGAUGACAUUCGUCUCGAGUCAGUUGAUAAUUCCCGGCAGCAAAAUGCGACCGCGAGCAGGUCCGAUCGAACAAAACGUAGCCGAGUUCGAGGCAUAUGUCGCUGCAUUUGUACAAGGCUGUGUAUAAGUUUGGUAAUAGCCGGGAUCUUAGCCAUCGUCAUUAUCUGCGUGGGUUUUCUAGUAAGUUACGAAAAAGAUUCGGAAGUGAUACAAACGAUCGAAGUUUUCAAGGAACAACUUCCUAUCGAACAAGAGUACUGGUAUAACCAAGGAUUAGAUGAUCUGAAGGAGUCGCUAAACAAACGUUAUAAUUGGAAAAGGGCGAGAAAUGUUGUACUGUUUGUAGCAAAUGUGGUAUCCACGAGUGCUUUCACGAAACAUUAUACUGAUGAAAAAUCUGAACUUUUAAAAAAGUUCCCACACGUGGGUUUUCUCAAGGUGCAGAAUAAUAUUUCCCUGGGAACUGCGCUCUUUAGUGGUGUAAAUGGAGCUUAUGGAACAGCAGGUGUGGAUUCCGCUGUUUCAUUUGAUGAUUGUCAAAAUUCACAGAAUGAAACUCAUCGUGUCAAGUCAAUAGUGCAACAAGCCCAGGAAGUUGGCCUAAACACCGGACUUGUUAGUAACGGCGAUUUACUAGAUAGCUUAAGUUCUCCUAUUUACGCACAUGUUCCAAACGUUAAUUGGCAGUGUCAUUCCAAAAUACCAGAUAACGAGAAAAAUGUUGGCUGUUUGGAUGUAGCCACUCAACUGGCUUCUCUAAGUCCUGCCAAAGAUAUAAAUGUACUGAUGGAAAACCAUGAUUCAAGCAUUUGCGGAGAUGAUAAUCGAAGUGUUAAGGAUGCGUCAGAAUUAUAUGCCAUCCAACAAACUACGAGGGUUCGAUUAUCUUUUUCGUCAGACAAUAAACAAUCAUUUGGUAACUUAACUCAAGAAGCUGUAAAACACCUUUAUACUGAUAAUUUUCUUCUGAUCGCAUUGUGGAAGCAAUCAAUUCAAGAUGGUCAAAAUUUUUCGGAUUUUGAAAAUAGUCUUCUGGCUGCUUUGACUUUGCUAAGAAACCAACUGAGCGAAACGCUUUUCGUGGUCAUAGCGGUUCCUUAUCAAAAUCUCGGCAGCAUCAAUCAAGAUAAGACACAGUCGGUAGAAGAUAUAAUCGUUGGCGCAACAGGACCCAUGGCGCAUCUUUUACAAGGUGUACACGAUUUAACGUACGUUGCACAUGUGAUAUCAUUCGCAGCUCGGCUGGGACGGUUCCGCGAUAGUAUGCUUGCCAACUCGCUAUUCGAAUGGUUCUGAAAAAUCGGGCUUACCAAACCGUUCCAGAUGAUCACCAAGGGGUACGACCUCCAGAUGAUCCAUUGUAAUUUUUUUUUUUUGAAAAAUCUAAGUCGAAUGAGUGAAGAAGAACUUACAUAUUUCUCAACUUAGUGCCUUAGGAUCUGGGUAUUUAAUGUUUGAACGGUGAAAUAUAAUAACUUGUCAA